UCAGUGAAUAGGAACGAGCAUUGUGUGAGUAAUGCUUCAUUCACAGUGGCUCUAUUUAUCCCCUGGAAUUUGGCAGGUUUCUGUAGGAGAUUGGGGCUGACUGGGAGCUGCUGCAUCUGUCUGGAUGCACAGGGCUUUGCACAGAGGAUGUUCAGCAUCCGUAACCGGAUUUGGGGAUUUGCACGGGCUGGGAAUGGAGGCAGGAAUCAACUUCUGGGGUUGGAUCUCCAUGCAGGAGUGGUGGCUCCUCAGCUGCAUGCACACACUCUCAGUAUCUGCCCAGCAGAGAACAGGAGAUGGUGCAGGAAUGGAGCGCCCUGGAUUUGGCACCUCCUGGAAGAAUGUGCCAGGGCUGUGUGGGAGUGCUGGAGUGUUGUCACAGGGCUCAUUUCCAUUGUCUGCUUGCUGCUUGCUGCACUCCCCUAAGUUGAAAGUCUUAAUCAUCAAAUUCACAUGUCCUGCCAGAGUGGGAGAGUGGACCAAGCACUGUCCUGAGUGUUCCUGCUGUGCUGGGUGGCUGGAGACCUGACCAGUUUCCUAGGCUGCUUUUUAACAAACCAGUUGCCAGUCCAGAUUGUCACUGCUGCUUUUUAUGUGAACAAGGAUCUAAUUAUGAUUUCACAAUUUGUUUACUGUAAGCUCAAGAAUCAGAAGGUGACAAAAGAGGGAUCAAGAAAUAGAGUGUACAAAUUCUGGAGUUCUGGGACCUGUUGCCUCCUGUUUUCCCUAUUGCCUCCUGUUUUCCCUUCCUUCUUGCUUCUGACCCACACACAUCUGACUCUCCUGAUAAUGAUUGAAAUGUCAGGCUUCAUUUGUGGCAUGGUGUCCUGUGUGUUUUACCUGGGCAGCAGAUUCCCUCAGUUCCAGAAAAAUGUGAGUGGAAGAUGCACAGAAGGUACCUUUUUCCUGCUCUUUGCCUUGGCCAUGAUGGGAAACUGCACCUGUGGACUGAGCCUUGUUCUAAAGAUGCCAAAACCCGAAUCCUCCCAGGCUCUCUGCUUUCUUCACCACCUUUCAUGGCCUGUUGGGAGCUUUGGGGUUUUGUUCCUUGACAUUUUUGUAUCAUUCUCCCAUUACAGCUAAAGAUUCUCAGGACAGGCUUGUUAAUAAAUAGAUCAGAAAUAAAGUGGAUUUUUUAAAAUCACAUUUCUUCUAACCUGAUAAUAAAAUCUUCUUGCUGAACAAUAA